CCAUUCGUCACUAUUUGAAACAACUUUGCACGUUGUCAGGGAAUAGUUCUUACCUUAGCAAAUUACCCCUUUCCCGCCUCUUGGGCAGAGCGGCGCUGCAUUUUGCACUAGACGGUGACUUUAAAGGAUUGUUAAUUUCCAGAAGGCAACAAACAGUUAUGCAUCUGCGGCUGCAGCGCUAAAGGGUGCCGAAAAACAAAUGUUCUCAACGCUGCUGCCGCCGGAAGGAGCUAAGACCUUGUGGGAGGACCGCUGCAUACUAGUUCACCUUGACAAUGCUCAAGAUGUAUCGGGAUCGUCCAAGCUGAUCCCCGGAGUGGUGUUGGCGGAUGAGGUGGCUCCGGAACUGCUGCCGCAGCGAGCUGCCGUCUACCCGCCCGACGCUGCUGGCGGCGGCGGUGGCGGUGGCGAGGGCGGCGAGGAGGGCCGCGCCUCCCUGCUAGAGCGGCUGGGCGGCCAGCUGGCGGCGGCGGUGUCGCCGCUGGGGCUGGGGGCGCCGCUGGCGGCCCUGUGGAGCAGAUUCUUCUCCGGCUGCCAGCCCCGUGCCGCCGCCCCGCCCCUGGACUGGCACCCGCGGCGGCCCUGGCUGGCUGCUGCCGACCCGCGGGGCCGGGUGCAGGUGCUGGAGAUGCAGCUGCCGGGAGC